CCAACAUUGAACUUUUAUUGAAAAAAAGCUGUGUCGGUUUCAGGACAGUCUAGUGAGACUGAGUGUCGGUGUUGGCAAGUUUGACUGUAUAUGUGACGAACUAAUUAUGACUGGAGCAGUAGCUUUGGGUGUUACAUGAAAAGGCAACGAACAGUAGAGGCCAGCAGAAAGUUGAAUGUAUAUAUAUGGGAGAAAUAAUUUCCUCAGAAUGUUAUAUUUUGCAGAGAAAAGAACACAAUGAAAUCUUUCCUUCCAGUUUUUGUCGCCGCUGUCUGUCAUCAUCUUAGUGGCACAAAUGGCCGUGUAUUUCUCAGAAGCCUACUUAGCUCUCUCUCAGAAGACCGAUUUGAGUAUCUUCCUGAUAUUGAGGACGCCAUCUUCCGUAUGAGAGACUCAGACAGUAAUGGCGCCAUCAGAUAUAGUGAGAUCCGUAGGUUCCUGGCCGUACCCGGUAUACCCGAUUUUAUCCGUAAUGAUCUCAGGUUGACACCGGAAGCUAUCAAGGCAGCUGAUAAUAACCGGAACGGACAGCUGGAAAGACAUGAGGUACGUGUCAUUUUGGAGGACGUAUUGAAUGCCUUUCCUUCGAUGCUGCCAUCAUUAUGGUAAUAACAUUGGAGACCAGACUGAUGGUCGACAGAGGAGAACUACCUCAACCUAAGACACCAGCUGACGUCGCCCAGGUCUUAUUGGACAUUUUUGAUAGUAACAAUAACGGCAAGUUAACCAUAGAUGAAGCUGCUGAGUUGGAGAGAGUAAUUGCCGAUGAGGAAUUCUGGAAUACUUUAGUUGAGACCUCGUCUGCACUAGAUACUGAUGGUGAUAUGGAACUGGAUCUGCAAGAAAUUGGCGUUGUGUACGAAGUUCUGGAGGAAAAUUACGGCCCUCUAAGCCUGGAAGAGCUAUUCUUGUAUGGACGAAUGAAAUCAGUGCUGGGACGAAUCCCCGGUACCUGGAAUUGAUUGUGGCUCUCAAACACCCCUGGAAUGUUUAUAUUACACACCUGUCAGCGAUUAAAUAAUAUGCGCCAUCUCAACGUAGAUUGUCUGCCCUUGAUACAGUGAAAAACUUACGAUUUAUUUUGUUGAUUUUGUUUUGUUGACGCACUCAAGAAUAUUUCACAUACGGGAAGGUUAACGGCAAUAAGUGCGAGUUCUCUCCCCUACCUGUGAGACUCGCUUCAAAUAAAACCGUAUAACGUACAACACAAAGUCUUCUGCCUUACUCAUAAGCCAGUAAAAGAUUGUUGAUAGCUCGGUCUACAGUGCUUCAGCAAACAAAGAACAAAGAGCACACACCUACUGUCCUGUAGCCAAUUCACAGUUAAUAUAUUUAACACCUUUAAUAUACAAUAAAAGACUUACAGCACAGAGAGUAAAACCAGACAGUCACGACAGGGUGAAAAUAGGCAAAUGGACACACGUCAGUGAAAUACUGUCGCUUGUCAAUUUACCUCGGUUAAGACUUUAUUCUAGCUGUUCGUGUAAAUACUGCAACAUAGUUGCAACAUAUAUAUCCCCUAACACCAGCCUUUUCAUGCAGAUUUAGCAUCAUUCCGUGAAACGACAUGGAACACUGGCGAUUUAUGUCAACAUUUUCAUGAGGAGACUUUUCUAGCACCAAUUUCUGAACUAAAACUUCUGUUGUAUUAUCAAUAAAAUUCUUUCCCAACUUUGUCAAGAGCUUCAGGCAUUGAUUUGGUAAUGGUACCCGGUCUCUGCAUCAAAUUUCUACAUCAGACGUCAAUAUCUGUCAUUGUGGAUAAAAAGCUUGAGUUUUGAGUGUGCCACUCUUGACAUUUUCUGCCGCACAUCUAAGAUUAUAUCAGAGUAUAACAAAUAAAAUUUACUCGCAUCUGACUGUACAAAGCGUCUCUUGGGAACUUAUUCUGUCUUUUUCACACUCAAUGUGUUAUGUCUU